AUGAGGUACUUUUCUGAAAUUUUUAAGUCCACAUCUUCGAGUGAUAAUUUUUUCCAGCGUGUUCAGAAUCGCAUUACCGAAGAUAUGAACUGUAGACUUCUACGACCAUUCACGCAUGAGGAGGUUAAAGAAGCACUUUUUGAAAUGGCACCAGAUAAAGCCCCAGGGCCUGAUGGUAUGACACCCGCUUUCUAUCAACGGUUUUGGAAGGUGGUUGGUCAUGAUUUGUCGUGCUUUAUUCUGAAUUGUCUACAUACGUGUUCCAUCCCUAACGGCUUGAACGACACCAAUAUUGUGCUGAUUCCAAAGAAGAAAUUACCUGAGUCAGUUGCAGACCUCCGGCCUAUAGCUUUAUGUAAAGUUGCAUAUAAAGUUUUAGCUAAGAUGCUGGCAAACCGUAUGAAGGAGGUUCUUGACUUUGUUAUCUCACCAACACAAAGUGCCUUUGUUAAAAAUCGUCUACUAUCUGACAACAUCAUAGUAGCCGGGGAAGUAGGAUAUUAUUUGAGGAGAACGAGACAAGGGAACACGGGAUGGGCUGCACUGAAACUCGAUAUGGCUAAGGCGUACGACAAGAUGGAGUGGAGUUUUUUGGAGGGAAUGCUAACUGCUCUUGGCUUUGCUCCGGCAUGGAUCCAGCUUGUGCUGCUAUGUGUAACCACAAUUCGGUACAAUGUGAUGGUGAACGGUGAGCCGAUUGGUACUGUUAUUCCUUCAAGGGGCAUUCGUCAAGGUGACCCUCUCUCCCCCUAUUUAUUUAUAAUCUGUGCGGAGGGACUAUCAAUUCUUCUGAAUCAAGCUGAGUCCAGGGGUGAUAUUCACGGUAUUAGAGUGGCCAGGGGAGCUCCAUCAGUGUCGCACUUACUAUUUGCGGAUGACAGCUUGCUCUUCUUUAAGGCCUGUGAGCGUGAGGUGCAAGUGGUUAAAAAUUCUUUGGAUGUUUAUUGUGCAGCUUCUGGGCAAACUAUCAAUUACAAUAAGUCUAAUAUCACCUUCAGUGCAAAUACUCCGGACGCCAUUAAAGCCCAUAUAGCCACGUCGCUAGGUGUUUGUUUGGCAACUGAUCUAGGCAAAUAUCUAGGACUACCAUCCUGUUUGGGACGUAGUAAGUCAGCCACUCUACGCUUUCUGGAACAAAGAAUAAGGGAUCGCAUCACUGGUUGGCGUAAUAAAUGUAUUUCAAGGGCGGGAAAGGAAAUUCUUUUGAAAUGUAUAGCACAGGCCCUUCCUAUUUUUACUAUGUCAAUGUAUCUACUGCCAAGGAAUAUUUGUGACAAUUUGGAAAGGCUUAUGAACCGAUUCUGGUGGGAAAGUGGUGGUACGACUAGUAAAGGAGUCUCUUGGUUAAGUUGGUCGCGUCUUUGCCUGCCGAAAUGUCUUGGAGGUAUGGGGUUCAAGAAGCUGCAUGAAUUCAACUUAUCUCUACUAGCCAAGCAAGGGUGGCGUCUGCUUAUUUAUCCAAAUUCUCUUGUUAGCAGAAUUCUUAAGGCUAGGUACUAUCCCUCUUCUGAUUUUGUUGAUGCACAAAUUGGUAGUAACUCGAGUUACAUUUGGCGGAGCAUUUUAGCGGGAAAGGCUUUGCUUAGGGAAGGAGUUGUACGUCGGGUAGGUGAUGGCAAGGACACAAAGAUUUGGGGCUGGCCAUGGUUAGCCGAUUCUUCAACUCCGAUGCUGCAUACCCCCGUUGCGGAGGAGUUGAAAGAUGCUUGUGUGAGCGGUCUGCUUAAUGAAUCGGGUGCAUGGGAUUCAGAGGUUGUCAAGGAUUUGUUUCUGGACAGUGAUGUUAACAGAAUCCUUUCUACUCUUGUUGCACCACAUAUUGAGGAUACAUGGCGAUGGAAAGGUGACAUAAGGGGUAUGUACUCUGUGCGACACGAUUAUAAACUGCUUAUGGCAGAGACAUUACACUCAGAUCCCCAACUUCAAUUUAUUGAAUGGAAAAAGUUGUGGUUGCUGCCAGUUCCUCCUAAGGUGAAAAACUUUCUGUGGAGAUGCAUGAGAGAUAUCCUCCCUGUUCGCGAAACUUUAAAGAGGCAUGUUUGGGCGGGUGGUGGCUUUUCAUUUUGCUCUGGGGCUUUGGAAACAAUGGAACUAUGCGUGCCCUGUGGUGAACCAAAUAUGGGGUCCUGCUGUUUCGUCGAGUGGUGGCAGCUUGGCAGAAAUAUUAAACUCUGCUCUCCAAUCUCCAGUAUCGAUGGCGACGGUGCAGUUAGUUACGCGUUUGUGGUCUAUUUGUCUGGUCACCUUACUGCCCUUAAUGUUAAUUCUAAUUCUUGGACACCUCCUCCGGCCAAUAAGCUAAAGUGUAACAUUGAUGCAGCUAUCUUUGAUGAUGGAGCUGGCUUUGGAAUGGUUAUGCGGGAUCUUGAGGGAAAAUUUGUAGCGGCCUACGCUCGUAUCGAUUGUGGAAAAGAUCCGCUUCUUGCUGAAUCCAUGGCGGUUAAAGAGGCGCUAACAUGGUUAAAGUAUUACAUCGAGAACGUGUCUGUUCGCCAUGUCAUUCGGUCAACGAAUCAUGUAGCUCAUGUCUUAGCACAAGCGGCUGAUUCUUUGUCUGUCCUUGGGUCGUGGUUCUCUGUGCCAUCGAUCUGUAUCUUGCAUUUGGUUGAUUAUUAA